UGGCAAAGCAGCAGGACUAGACAGCAUUCCAGCAGAGGCACUGAAAGCAGACGUAGCGGCAACUGCAAGGAUACUCAAAACUCUCUUCAGAAAGAUCUGGGAUGAGGAACAGGUACCAAAAGACUGGAAAGAAGGACUUCUAGUCAAAAUACCAAAGAAAGGCGAUCUCAGCAACUGUGACAACUACAGGGGAAUCACUCUUCUUUCAAUACCAGGAAAAGUCUUCAACAGGGUAUUGUUAAACAGGAUGAAGGACUCCGUAGACGCCCAACUUCGAGACCAACAGGCAGGAUUCCGUAAGGAUAGAUCGUGCACAGACCAAGUCGCAACUCUACGGAUCAUUGUGGAACAAUCAAUUGAAUGGAAUUCAUCACUCUAUAUCAACUUCAUCGACUACGAAAAAGCAUUUGAUAGCGUGGACAGAACAACCCUAUGGAAGCUUCUUCGACACUACGGCGUGCCUCAGAAGAUAGUCAAUAUCAUACAGAAUUCCUAUGAUGGAUUAAACUGCAAAAUCGUUCAUGGAGGACAGUUGACAAAGUCGUUCGAAGUAAAGACCGGUGUCAGGCAAGGUUGCUUACUCUCACCCUUUCUCUUUCUCCUGGUGAUCGACUGGAUCAUGAAGACAUCAACAUCUGAAGGGAAGCAUGGGAUACAGUGGACAGCUAGGAUGCAGUUGGACGAUCUAGACUUCGCAGAUGAUCAGGCUCGUCUAUCGCACACGCAACGACAAAUGCAGGAGAAGACAACCAGUGUAGCUGCAGCCUCAGCAGCAGUAGGUCUCAAUAUACACAAAGGGAAAAGCAAGAUUUUUCGAUACAACACAGCAUGCACCAAUCAAAUCACAAUUGACGGUGAAGACUUGGAAGUUGUAAAAGCCUUUACAUAUUUGUGCAGCAUCAUCGAUGAACACGGUGGAUCUGAUGCAGAUGUGAAGGCACGGAUCGGCAAAGCAAGAGUAGCAUAUUUACAACUGAGGAGCAUCUGGGACUCAUAACAAUUGCAACCAACGCCGAUUACUACCGCGCGCAAUGCUUACCGGUGUUAGGGAUGAUUGGAAGAAAGUUAGGGGCGGCCAAACCAAAACGUGGCAUCAGUGCUUGAAGUCACUAAUUUCUGGUCUGAGCCAUGUUGGUAGAUGCAGACUACUUGGUUAGAGUCCACGUGACUAUCGUAAUCAAUGGUUGGAGACUCUUG